CUCACUCACUCAUCCAUCCAUCAUCUUUUCUUUGAAUGAGAAUAGAAUUUAAUAAAAUAAAAAAUGGGCGAAUUUGUGAUAGAUUGUACUUGUUGCAACCAACUAUGAGUGUAUUUAAAGAAUCUAGUGAUAUAUGCUUCUAAGUUUUACCUUACAUAGAUUGAAUCAUAUAAGGAUUAGUGUUAUGAUAAGUCAAUAGGUAUUCCUCUUUAUGUUUGUGAUUGUAUUACAUACCUUGAUAAUGAUUUGUUAACGCUAAUGUGGUAUGGCACUUGUUACAAUUCGACGUUCUCCGAGUGUGCAAACACCUAGGAAAACGGAUGAGACAGAAAAAUCAAGUGAUAAUAUUGAAGACGAUGUUGGAAACCGUAUCAGCAAGAGUCUCAAUGAGUGCUACUUCGCAAAUAAGGGUGCAGCAGUGGUGCUGGGCAGUGCAGAGCGCGGCUGUACGAACCCGUGGCGAUCGCCGGCGCGUGCCUUUCCCCAGCCCGACAUACAACAUCACCUGCAGUCCAUGUUCUACUUGCUGCGUCCCGAGGAAACGCUCAAAAUGGCGGUGAAAUUGGAGAGCGCUCAUGCAGGCCGCACCAGGUACCUGGUAGUGGUGUGUCGCAGCAACGAGGCGGCGUUGCUCGGCAUCGACUGCAAUGAGCGCACUUCUGUUGGACUCGUCCUGCGGGUUCUCGCUGACACCUCGAUCAAGUUGGAUGGCGAUGGAGGAUUCAGUGUAUGUGUGUGUAACCAACAACACAUAUUCAAGCCUGUCUCCGUGCAGGCCAUGUGGUCGGCAUUACAAACCCUGCACCGAGCGAGUGCUCAAGCGCGGGAGAUGAACCACUUCGCGGGCGGCACGUCGCACUCGUGGUGCUCCUACUACGAGAGCCACGUGGACUCGGACCGCUCUUGUCUCAACGAGUGGCAUGCCAUGGACUGCAUCGAGUCCCGCCGCCCGCCCUCGCCCGAUUCACUGAGACUCAAGCCUCGAGAGAGGGACGAGACUGAACGCGUUAUUCGCUGCACGCUGAAGGAGAUCAUGAUGAGCGUGGAUCUGGACGAGGUGACCAGCAAGUUCAUCCGCGGCCGCCUCGAGGAAGAGCUCGACAUGGACCUGGCCGAGUACAAGUCCUUCAUCGACCAAGAAAUGCUCACUAUACUCGGCCAGAUGGACGCACCCACUGAGAUUUUCGACCAUGUUUAUCUCGGCUCCGAAUGGAAUGCUAGCAAUCUUGAAGAAUUGCAACGCAAUGGGGUCAGGCACAUAUUGAACGUGACGAGAGAGAUCGACAAUUUCUUUCCUGGUAUGUUUGACUACCUUAACAUUAGAGUUUAUGACGACGAGAAGACUGACUUGUUAAAGCACUGGGAUAACACAUACAAAUAUAUAAAUAAAGCAAGAAACGCAGGGUCGAAAGUUCUCGUUCAUUGCAAAAUGGGUAUUAGUAGAUCGGCUUCAGUGGUGAUCGCGUAUGCCAUGAAAGCAUUCAACUGGAAUUUUGAGAAAGCACUUAAACACGUUAAAGCAAAACGGAGUUGUAUUAAACCGAAUACGAAUUUCUUGAAUCAACUCGAAACAUACCAAGGUAUACUGGAUGCAAUGAAAAACAAGGAAAAGUUACAACGAUCUAAAUCAGAAACUAACCUGAAAUCACCAAAAAAUACAUCAAAAACUGAAAAUAAAGUAAUGGAGCCGACGCCACUGGUGCUGGCGCUGACAGGCUCGUACCCGGGGCGGCCGCGCUCGUGGUCGCCCGACUCGCGCCUGGCGGGCGAGCUGCUGCCGCCGCCCACCUCCGUGUCGCUGGAGAACCUGCCCUUCGAGACGCGCCACAUGCUCAUGCCCUGCGCCAACGGCUCCUACAGCGUCUCGCCCAACCAGAUCAUGCGCCUCAAGGAGGAGGGCGCCCCCUCCGUCAAGCACAUCGUCAACGAGAUCGAGAAUGCCGCCUCCACCGAUCGGAAAGAUUUUACUAAAAGGAAUCAAAGGUUAAACUUUGGAAAUCAGAACGAAUCCCAAAAUAGCAAAGCAUUGGAGGCGCCGGCUAGUUCGGUCAAUCAAGCCUCUCCAUCAAGAAAUCUAAGUCACAAAUGUCCCCAGUCAAAUUUUGAAAUCGAUAAAAUACAUACCUGGGACCCGGGGGAGCCCUCGUGGCCGAAAAACGACGAGAACAGGACUGUUAGUAAUAGUGAUAAUAUAGUGAAAAGUGACAGUGGAAUAAUAGACGUAAAGACCAAUAAAGUGACAACUAGUGACACUCUCGCUAAUUCCGUAGAACGUUCGAAUUUAGAUAGCGACGAAAGAAGAGCAGUGGACGACGACGCGCCGCCGCCGAGCAGACAGAGCUCGUGGAGCUCAUUCGACAGCGCGGUCGUGCUCGACCUGUCGCGGCAUUCCUCCUGGGGCUCCUACGACACCAGGACACCCAAGACGCAACCGACGCCGCGGGACGAGCCCAAGCGGGCCAAGGAUCGCAACGAUGAGCGUCUCCGCAAGGAAGAUGCUGACAAAACCGUCGAGCCAGGCCUCGCACCGCAGAAACCGACGUCCGACCUCGGCAUCAUCAGCGAACACACCGAGACGCGCGCGGGGGGCCGCAGGGCCGAUAACGAGCGGAAAUUUAACGAAACGUGUGCCAUACUGGAGCUAGCGGACGCAGCCGCCCGCAUGGAGCGCGCGCGGGACCGCGGCGCCUCCACGUGGAGCGGCCGCCUGUCCGCCUCCGCGCCCGACACGUGGCUGCGGGCCGGCCUGCGCCGCCGCCGCGCCGCCUGCGCCUCGCACGGCGACCUGCCGCGCGCCGCGCCCGCCGCCACGCCCUCCGCCGCCGGCCUCGUCAGCAACCUCAAGAAGGAGUUUGAAGCUCGCUCCGAGUCCGACUCGGUCCGGCGCGCGGAUUCGCGCCGCUCGGCGCCGAGCGAGGGUCGCGAGCGGCCGCCGGCCUCGCCGCCGUCGGGCGAGGACCUGUCCGUGAAGGUGCUGGUGGACCGGUACGACCGGCCAGGGCGCGCGCGCUGCGAGUCGUCGUGCGAGCCGCGCCGCGGCCGCGACUCGCUGAGCAAGAAGUCCCGGCUGGCGGCGGAGGGCGAGGCUCGCGCACGCAACUCGUUCUGCGGCGCGGUGCGCGGGGCGGGGGAGCGGCCGCCGCCCGCGCCCACGGUUGUGUCUCUGGCUCCCCUUGACUACAGCGAAGUCGUAUCAACUGUGAUGUCGAAAGCUCAAACUAAAAACAAUUGCAACAUGGGAAGACCCAUCCGUUGACGAGGCUCAACUUGAAUCGGUCGAAUAAUAGAUGUUCAAAUCCUGUAUAUAAUACUAUGUAGAAGUAUUUAUGUUUUUUAUUUAUUAUGAAUUCUUGCCAAACUCAAUAUUUUAUCUUUCUAGAGUUUUAUAUACUAUAUUUACAAAAUGAAAUCACAGUGUAUUUGUCUAUCACCUAAAAUUGUAUAAACGGCUGUUUGUGAGUAGAGAAAUGUUAAAAGGGAGAAUAAAUUCAAUACAACUGAUGUACAACUUUUA